AUGGCUUCUCAUCCUCUGGAUUAUUUAAAUAAUUCCAGAGAAUGGGUGGCCAUUCUUGUUACUACUUUGUCACUAUGCUCUUUUAGUAUUUGUAGUAGUAUUUUUUUUUUCUUCUCCAUCAUCGUUUUGGGCAAAUCGCGGUAUUUUCUUGUUAGUGUUGCGAAAAAUUGAUUACGGGUUGAAUUAGAGUUGCGAAAUAGUUUUGAGCCUGUUUAUUAGUAUUGCGAGUAAUUGAUUAAAAUUUAAAUUAAAGUUGAAGAAAUGAUAAUCGUAUUUGCUUUAGUUGCGAAUUAUGAUAAUCCAAGUCCGCGAUUGUUUUUUGCAAUUUUGAUUGUUAAUUUUGAUUGUUAAUUUUCAUAGUUGUCUUAGUGUUGUAUUAAUUUAUUUUGCUUUCUGUUGUUUUAAAUUAUAUUAUAGUCAUAUAUAUUAUAAUCAUUGUUUUUAAUUAAUUUAGAAUGCUAGAGUAUCUAGCAUUUUAAAAAUAAUUUUUUGUCCGUAGCUUUUGUAUUGUUGAUAAUAAUUUUCAUUGAAUUUGGUUUUAGAGUUGCGACAUUAUUUCAUCGGGGUUUCUAAUUACUUUUACUCUUACAGUUGCGAUAAUGAAUGAUCGCGUUUCUUAAAAUAGCGUUGCAUUUACAAAAAAAUUGGCAUUCGAUGCAUUCCUUUUUAGCGGUAUUUUCAGCACUGCAUUUAUUACUGAAAAUAUUGCUAAAAAUAUAUAUUUAAUUUUGUUAAAUUUUAUUAUAAAUUUAAUAUUCAUAUGUAUGACUGAUUUCCAGUGUCAUAUAUGAAGUAAAAUAAGAAAGUAUUGCAGCAAUUAAAUAUUUAAAUAUUACAAUGAAAAUUUAAAAUUCUUUUUUACAAAAUAAUUAAAUAGUGUUUUGUAGAAUAUUAGCUUAUUUUGAAAUAUGAGUUAGUAUCCAAUUUUUUGUUACUGGUUGUCAGUAAUAAUGAUUGUUCGCCAUCAGAGUUAUUUUUUUAUCAUUUUUUUUUAUUUUCUCUAUUCUAAAUGUUUCAACAAUAAAAUAGAAUUAUUUUACUUAUAUUCGAAUUUCGUGUGCGUAAAUCUUCUUGGUUUAUUUAUAUACCUCAUCUGUGUUUCUAUCUGCUGUUAAUGUGACAUUCUUAUUUAUCUUAAAUCGAUAAAGUUGCAUGCGUUACAAGAUGAGAUAAUCAGAAUUUCUGAAAUUGUAAAGGUUGAUUGAAACGUAUCAUGUUUUGUCUCUGUCUGUAUAUUCGUACAUUUAAAUUGUAGAAGGCAUAGUUUUUUCGAACGAUUGAUAUUUUAAAACAUAUAAAAACUCUAUAACCCACGUUUAAAACCCCUAUAAAAUGCUAGGUCUAUUUUGUAUUUCUUUUGUGGUAAUAUUUGAUUCAUAGUUACUUUUGUGGAUUGGUAUCUCAUAUCAUUAUCAUGGGUACAUAUAGGAAUUAUAUGAAAUUAUUAGAAUCUUGGCCCCUAGAUAAUUCAAAACCUGGCAGAGACUUAGCUCAACACAUUCGUGAUCAUUUAAAACUUGCUUUUGCAAAGGGUGAAGCUAGUGAAGUAAACCGUGAACAAUGUGAUCGUUAUUACAUGAUUUUAAAGAGAAUUUCUUCCAAUCAUUAUGGACAGAUGUAUAAUCGUACACUUUCAAGCACUGCCAGUGGAUUAACAAAAGAUCAAUGUAAUUUAAUACUUACACCAGAAGGACAAAAUGACACAAUAGAUCUAGAGAAUAAUAGAAAAUAUAGUGAAAUAACAAACAAAACUGAUCAUGAUGUUGAUAAUGUAUCUCAUAUACCAGUUAUGACUAAUGAAGUAUUACAUUAUUUGAAGCCAUCUCCGGGAAAAGUUUUUGUGGAUAUGACAUUUGGGGCUGGUGGACACUCUAAGAGAAUCUUGGAAUCUUCGUCUGAUGUCAAAAUAUUUGCCUUGGAUAGAGAUCCUAUUGCACACCAGCAUGCACAAAUUUUGUCAGAAAAAUAUCCUGGACAAGUAAUACCUUUACUGGGUAGAUUUUCUGAAUUGCCAGAACUGCUUUGUACAUAUAAAGUAAAUGUAAAUAGCAUAGAUGGCUUCUUGUUUGACUUUGGUUGUUCAUCCAUGCAAUUUGAUGUUGCUGAAAGAGGAUUUUCUUUGUCAAAAAAUGGUCCUUUAGAUAUGAGAAUGGAUGGUUUUAGAUGUUCAGAAGAACCUACAGCUGCUGAAGUUCUAGAGAAAAUAACAGAACAUGACUUGGCUAAAAUUUUAAAAAUUUAUGGUAAUGAAAAGAAAGCUAAAAAAAUUGCACGUGCCAUUAUAGAGGCUCGCUAUACUUUUAGGAAUCUAAAAACUACGCAAGAAUUAGCUCAACUUGUUGAUUCUGUAGUUUCUGAAAAGAGAGUUGAUCAACUUGGUAGACAUGCUCACUGUGCAACAAAAACAUUUCAAGCAUUAAGAAUUUUCGUAAAUAAUGAAUUAAAUGAGAUUAACUAUGGUAUUGUUAUGGCUGGAAUAUAUUUAAAACUCAAUGGUCGUUUAAUAACUAUAUCUUUUCAUUCUCUGGAAGACACCAUUGUUAAAAGACACAUGACAGGAAAUAUAACAGAAACUGUAUCUAAUAUAAAAUCAUUAAAAUAUUCAGAUUAUGGCAAAUAUUACAGUUCAUAUGAAAUGGAAGUUUUCAAUCGAACACCUUGGAAAAUGUUGCAUAAACAUGUAAUAAUACCUACACCAGAAGAAAUAAAUAAAAAUCCACGUUCGCAUUCUGCAAAAUUUCGAGCUAUCAUACUUACCUCUCCUACCAUAGGUACUAUAAAGCCUGCUCCUACUGAUACAAAUAUAUCAGUAAUUUUGAGCGUGAAACCUGUAGGUGCACCUUUAAUUGAUGGAUCACCUGUUAGGGAGUUUGAUGUUUUUGCCAUGCAAAGUGGUAGUUUAUCAUAGCCUAGUUGGUUGUACUUUUUGAUUUUCUCUUGAAUCUAUAUUCGUAAUUAUUAAUUGUAUAUAUAAUUGUACAGAUUCUGUAUAAUUGAUAGAUAUGAAACAAAAAUAUUCUACAAACUAUUGCUUACCUUGUCUGUAAGUACAACUUUUCCAGCUCCAUACAUUUCUUUGGCAAUGGUAUCUAUUUUUUCUUCGAUACCAACAUUAAGAUCAUACAAUAAUCUGAAAUUACUAAUUUUAUUUGUAGCAGCUAUGACUGCAUCAGCAAGUUCUAUGGCGCCAGCACCACCCUCCGCCCAAUGA